AUGGCUACAAAAGCGACUUUGGAGUUCUUCGGAACAACUACAUUUAGGCUGAAAUGGAAGGGUUUCAACAUCUUCCACGACACCUGGCUUGAUAAACCAGAGGGUCUGAAACGAUACCUCGAGCUUGAGGACGUAAUAGAACUGGAUUACAUAGUCAUCUCGCACGCCCACUUCGAUCACCUCCCUGGGGCAGACCAACUUGCCCUGAGAACAGGGGCGACAUUAAUUGCCAAUGGUGAGGCUAUCAGAUGCCUCCGAGAUGCAGGCGUCCCCGAAGCACAAUUGAUCCCAGUCAGCGGUGGCGAAAGAGUACCCUUGUUCAACAAGGAAACUCUCACGAAGGCUGCGGAAGGCCUAAUUGAUCGAGCUCCAGCACCACCGACAGCGCCUCCUAUGCCUCACGUCAAGUAUGCCACAGCCGCAGUCCAUGUUUGGCCCUCAUUGCACUCUUUGAUCCCUGCAACUACUCCCCACGACUUCCCUGAAGAAUUCGAUACCGCGGAGAGGUUUACCGGGGAAGUCACUCCAUACGACUGUACCUUGGACAUCACCAGAUUAAUGCAGUUUGGUCUUUUCAAAAUGAAGCAGUUUAUGCCCGAGGAGAGCAUGGAUCCAGGGACACGUGCCUUUGCUGAUUAUGUGCAGGACCGCCAGAAGCACGUCAUGUCGCACUUUGAUGGCGGCCAGCUGAUGUAUAAUUUUGUCGCUGACGGCAAAGGCAUCUUAUUUAACAGUCACUUGGGCGUGUAUCAAGGCAUUGCCCAGUGUGUGACCCCCAAGCCUACUGUUGCUAUCAUGGGAGUUGGUGGUCGAGCAAAUCUUGAUGGGAGACCGUUUCAAGGCUCGGCGGCUGAGUUCCUUGUCAAGCAGGCAAAGUGGCUCGGUGAGCCUAGAAGCAUCUAUUUCUGCCUGAAUGAUCCGAAUAUUAUCAAGCCUUUCAGGGUGGAUGUAACUGCCGCAAAGGAUAUGCUUGAACAGGAGACAGCGGCCAAAGCCAUUGAUACUCAGCCUGAAAAGGUGUACACCCUGGAAGUCUAA